AUGGGCGACUGGGCCCGCGGGUGGACUAGAGUCGGGCAAGUAGGCCCGUCUCAACAUUAUGGCCGUCCAUGGGCGAUCGAGCGCGAACACGAGGAGCUGAGAAUCAUUGAUGGCUGGGGCAACGACGACAACUGGCCGGGCAUAAAUAAGCCUCUGUUUAGUGGUCCUGAUGCGAAGCGAUUCGAUACAAAACUUGCCAAACUCGAUGACCUAGGAUUCGGCGCCUUCGGUCGCGUCGAAAAGGUCACCUAUGGAUCAGUCUACCUAGCGCGGAAGCGAAUUACUCGCCGACGAGGUCGCACCAUCGACGAUUUGCGCCAGGAGUGCCUGACCAUGGAAAAGCUUGGCGACCACCGACAUAUCGUUAAACUGGUUGCUACUUAUGCGCCCCGAAGCCACGAGUUGUGCUUGCUCAUCUGGCCUGCUGCUGUCUGCAACCUAAGCAUACUUUUGGAAGAUCUGGAGUCUUUGCGACUCGGCGAUGGAGAUCGCGAGGAUAUCAUGAAGCGACUGGAUGAUCUGGACAUCAAGGACCUAAGCGCCAUUGAGUCGACACCCGAAGAUCAGGUGCUCGAUUCCGCGACAAAAUGCCCGCUUGAGUAUCUGCGCAGCGUGGUCGGUUGCAUUGCUCGCGCCAUGGCCUACUGCCAUCGGAACGAUGUUAGGCACCUCGAUAUCAAACCAUCCAACAUCCUCCUCAAAGCGGACCGAGUCUACCUCGCCGACUUUGGCAUCUCAAAGGACGUCAGUGGACAGGAUCAAACCAUGACAGAGGGGUUACCGGGAACCGAAAGAUGGCGUGCGCCUGAGCUCUACGCCGGGCAUGGCUCCAGCAUGCAGUUUUCGGAUAUCUAUUCCCUUGGUCUCGUCUUUCUCAACAUAGCGACCGUUCUUUACAACGUCCGGUUGGAAGACUUCGAUAACGCACUAAGAUAUCCCGAUAAACUGUCACGAGAGGAACAACUAUAUGACCGGGAAAGGAAGUUGAAGGCACACUUGGAGAAGCUCACUUCUCAUGCCUUGGUCACGCCCCCAUUCAUGUUCACUUAUGAGGGCCAAGAAACAGUCAGACCAAGACCAAUCGUCAACUUGAUCUCUCGAAUGAUCACUUCAAAUCCCAAGAGUCGACUACAUGCCGACAAAAUCGACGACAAGCUGUCAAUGCUAGGCGGUAUUCAUCAAAUCUACCAUGGCGAGUGCUGCAAACGGCCGAUAUCAUGGGUCGAGAAUAAGUGGGAUGCCAAGUUUGCGGGGCUGGCGAGUCUUCGAAAGGAGAAUGAUCGUCUGAAGAAGAGGGUAGAUGAACUCGAGGGACGAGACAAGACCUACGAACUUCGGCUCAAGCAUGAACGUGAAGCGCAUGAACAGGCUAUCACCGCUCUCCAAAAUAAGCUCAAGAGCAUGGAGGAGAAAUGCCACAUGCUGGAGGCCGAAAAGGUUGAUAAGAGGAAGGGUGCCGGCCGCAGUCCACGUCCGAUGAUGCCAAGACCGGCUCGAAGUAGCACUUUGUCUCUCUCAUCGAGCAUCGAGCUAGAAAAGUCGCCCAAAAUACGAUCAACGCCAACAACGCCAGCACCGAGACCUCCUCUCCAGCCCAUGUCUCGCUCGGUGCAGCGUUUCACGGCGCAUCGCAAAGCACCACAGGCUCCGCAGAACGGCUCCUCUCCCCGCCCCCUUAACGACUUGACACCCAGAGCCUCGAACGAGUUUCCGACCUCAAGGUCACCGAGUAUCACUAACCUGUCGGGUUACACUUUGCGAUCUCGCGGAUCUGGCUCGAAGCUUCCUCUCCCUGUGACGCCAAACCGCAGCGAAACACCCAACUUCAAUCGCGAUCAAAGCUUGACGGACAGUAGCAUGGCGUCCUCUGUAUUCUCUCGAAACAGUAUUGAGACCACUCCAACGCCUGUGCAGGGCAGCCCGGCGUUGAACCGCAACCCCAUUCCUCUGGAUUCUAACAAGGUGCCUCAAUGGGGUCAACUCCCAGGAUUGCCCCCACAGCCAGAUGAGAGGCCAACGACCCCUGAACCGAGCAGCCCGGCCUUCACCAUGCCACUCUCUCCCAUGUCGUCACCCAGAACGCUCCGGUCAGAUCUCGCCAGUGAAUAUGGGGAUUAUACUCGCCGACCCUCUUUACACUCGCAGCAGUCCCAGAAGAGUUGGGCUGAAGUAGCAACUGAUGGCGAGACGCUUCGGAAGAUGAUCGGAAGACCGCGCGCCCACUCAAAUAGGUCAAAUCGAUCGAAUAGGCAAUUGGAGGUGGAACAAGCUUGA